UGGUGGGUUUUCUCACAGGAAAAUCUCCACUCAUAGGGUUUAUCAGAGCGACUACACGUCAUUUCUGAAACCAAACUCAGAAUCCAUGGCUACCAAAACACUAAUCCGAACCGGAGCAUCUCUGCUGAACCGCUUCGUAUCCAAAACGCCUUUGCUCCACCAACCCAACACCACCCAAAACCCCCACCUGUUCCCAUCUCUCUCCAAAAUCCAAACUUCCCUCCAUCUUCCCCCUCAAAACAAUGCAUUUUCUCUCUCGAAACUCUCUUCCCAAGAUUUCCUCCACCCCUAUGGCCUCCCCUCUCUCGAAUUCUUCUUACCCAAUGGGGAUUCAUCAACUGAGCCAAUGCUUUUAUUCCCCAAAAGGACAUUCCAGCCUAGCACCAUCAGGCGUAAGAGAAAUCAUGGAUUUUUUGCCCGCAAGGCAACCAAGGGUGGACGGAGAGUCAUUGCUCGAAGAAUAGCCAAGGGUCGGUCAAGAAUUACUGCUUAGUAACUCCAUUUGUGUCAAAAUUUUGAUUGAAGGAGGAUCAAAUUCAAGUACGGCCCUAGAUUAUGGUACUCUAAAGCAAAUCAAAUACACUUUUGCUCUGUCAUGUUCAACAUAUCACUGGCUUGAACGAACCAUGACUCCAAGCCCAUGACUGUUGUUCAGGCAUUUGUUCACUUAAAAAAUUGUGCUUUAUAUUCUAGCAAGAAUAUGUCGUUGCUUGGAUUGUUAUGGAGAUGUCUGUAGUCUUAAUAAUCAUAAAAUGUAGCUGCAUCCAUGAUUUGUUUCAAUCCAAGAGUAAUUAAACCUUUUAA